AUGUCACGUGAUAAAUUGCAGACGAAACCGCGAAGCUGCUUCCGCUCCUUCGCGCCAGAUUUCAAACAACGGCGAAUUUUUAUGUUAUUUAUGAUAGAAAAGGAUAAUGCCGCUGUUUGGUAAGAAGAUAUUUAGUACAGUAAAGCCUUUAACUGAUAAAGAACCGAAUGAGACGAUCUACACGAUACCACACACGAAGGAACAGUUCAGAUCUAAAGAGGAAUACACAAAAAGGCUGUCCUGGUAUAAGGAGAAAAUCUGGACAUGCAAGUGUACAGGCCAUGUGAACCUGACACAUGAAGAAGCAUGGAAUUCUGAGAAGCAAGUUCUCAAAGUCCUAAAAAAUCAGUUCCAGUCUGCUUAUGAGAAACCAGUUCUACAACUUGUCCAUCAUAGUACACUUCCCCUUGAAAGCAUUGUUGAUCAAGCUUGGCUCAAACUGCAGCAGGUACUCUGUAUUGGAGAAAAAGUUGUUUUAAAGAUAAAAGCUGCGGGGAAAACAAUUCAAGGUGUGGUUGUGAAAGUGGAUACUGCAGGAUGCCAGGUAAACCCUACUAGCAACUGUAGCUCUCCCUCAAGUGACAAAGAAAACAAGGCUGAAGAGGGAAACUCACCAAAGAAAUGGACCCCACCCAAGUUACUGCCUUACAAGUACAGCUUCCGUCUGGAGGGAGAAGACAAGAUUAUUAAUGCAGUCCCAGCUUCAGAUCUUCAGAGAACAGAUAAGCCCCCAUCUAAGGAACUUAUCCGACUGUUCAUCCGAGCCAACUCCGUCAGAUCAGGACAGAAUCCCACCAGUCCCUGGGUCGUGGAUGAAAAUAAAGUCAAAGAGUUUAAUUUACCUAACAAGUUUAAUGACUUCUUCUUGUCACCAGUCAAGGUGGCAGAGGUGGCCAAGAAAGCAGAGGAAGAAAGAGCAAAGAAGAGAAAAUCUACAGGAAAGCACGAUUCUUCAUCUGCCAAAAAACUGAAGAAGAUGAAGAGUGAAGAGAAGAGCAAGGAUAACAAAAAACAAAUGACUCUGUCACCACUGAAAAAGAAAGUGUCCAAGACGCAGACCAAGUCCUCGGACGAUGACGUACAAAUUAUCGAGGAUUCAGACUCUGAGAGUGAUGAGGACAAACCGCUGGCCAAACUGAACAAGUCUAGUCCCUCCAAAAAGAUCUCCGACAAAAAAGAGAAAAAACAGAAAGUUAAAAAGGAAAAGAAAGAGAAGAGUCCAAAGAAAGAUGGAAAGAAGAAAAAGGAAAAACAACAGUCUGUAGACAGUGAUGAUGAGCCACUGGCAAAGUUGAAAAAAUCCCCCUCUAAAAAGGGUAUGAAGCAGAUGACAUUAUUUGAUUUGUCAAAGAAGAAAGGAAUGAAAACACCAGAGAAAAAGAAAAUGGGAUCUUUAAGAACACCAGAAAAGGGCAACAAAACACCUGAUAAACCAAUUAAAUCGCCUACAAGCAAAACCCCAGCCAUUGUGUCUAAAAUGGUCAGGGCUUUCAAACUGAAAGAGGAAGCAAAAUUGAAGUCCUUGGCACUGAAAGCAGCUGAUAUAUUGACUGUCACUCAGAUGAAAAAACUACCAUCGGACAUUAAAGACCUUGUCAACAAACGAUUCGAAAAGAUUCAGGAAAAGAAGAAACUUGCUACCAUGACUGAGGAGCAAAAGGCAAAUUACAUGAAAGAGAAGAAAGAGAAACAAAAACAGGAAAUGAGAGAAAAGCAGCUGAAACUCAGACAGAAAUUUGAGGAUCAGGAGUUGUCUAACUUGAAGCCUCUCCCGGCUCCUAAAUUAGUGACCACCCCCGAGGGACUUCCUAAUGAGCUGUUUGGGGACAUCACCAUGGUAACAGAGUUCGUCAGCUGUUACUCAGGACUUCUGAUGCCAAAAGAUGAUUAUCCUAUUUACACGGAUGCCCUAAUGAAGGCCCUGUGUAGUGGUAAGGAGGGCUUCCUGUACAUCGGUCGUGUCCUGGUCGUUCUACUUCAGACUCUUCUGCAGGAUCAGAUUUCAGAGGAUUACCAGGAGAUGCGUGUGUCCCUGAGUGACAUUCCGGUGAACCCCUACACGGCCUCGGAGUUGGUCCGGCUCUGUCUGAGGAGACAGGAUGUGGAGGAUCAGAGUACGAGUAACGUCAGCAACGACACCGAUCUCGACGAGGAAGUGUCGGAUGAUACUAUUCAACAGUUGGAAACACAGGAAUUCUUUAUGUUGGAUCCAGUACAGAAAAUUCAGAUCCUUAAGGGCCUUUGUCUGAGAAUCAUGGGAACUUACUCUGUCCAGGAUUACAUGGAAGAAAAACAGCAGGAGGCCACACAGCUCUGGAAAACAAAAUUAAAAGAGAUGAAAUCAAAGAAUGACGAACUGAAAAAAGUGAAGAAUAAGAAGGGAUUGGUGAAUGGGGAGGAAGCAACCAAAGCCAAAGAGGGGGAGGGAGAAAGUCAGGGGAAAGAGGAGGACGCAAAUAGAGAUAUUUUAAUUACCCACUUUUAUGGGAAACAAGGAGCAGAGAGUGAUGGCUCUAAGCCAGGGACGCCCACGCCAAUGGAUUCCGGGGAGGAGAGGGAUGACCUGGCAUCAGUCGUCAAGAGACGGAGGAUCACCACGGCCCAGGCAUUAGCUGAGAAGAAAAAAAAGGAUGAAGAGGAGAGGAUAAGGCGGCAAAAAGAAGCUGAAAUAUACAAGAAAGAAGUAGAGAUGGAGAAAUUUGAGAAAAAAUUUGCAGAAGGGAUUGCUCUUGCUAAGGCUGUGCUAAGACAAACACCAAUAGGAACUGACCGUAAUCAUAACAGAUACUGGGUGUUUUCACAGACCACACCAGGACUUUAUAUUGAAAAAGGUUGGGUAGCAGAUUACAUUGACUAUAAUGUUCCCAAGUCUGAAGAGAGUGAUGAUUCUGACGAUGAUGUGGUCAUGUCAGAGGAUGGUCCUUUGUCAGAGUCACGGACACCUGCCGAGAAAACAGCCCCCAAAACUGGUCAGAAUCUGUGGUUUACGUACGACUCAAUUAAGGACCUCGAUAGUCUGAUAGACAGUCUCCACCCACAGGGGAUCCGAGAAAAUCAUCUACGAGCGGAACUCAAAAAGAGAUACGAUAUUGUACACAAAGCUGUGAUACGGGCCAACAGAACCAAUUUGGAACUCAGGGAUUGUGAUGGAGAGAAGGGAUUGAUGGAAGCUUAUAAAAAGACUUCGGAGUACAAUGAAAAUGAGGCUCACUUUAAAAAGGAGUUAUUGGACACUGAGCUGAAGUUACGGAAUGGGGGACUAGGGGGGGUGGACGAUUUUCCUGUGUGGGAGAAAAAACUAGAGACUUCAACAGACUUAACGGGCAUGGCGGAGUGCCUGUUGGAGGUACAGGAGAACGUGCUGGAGAAGUUCCGUCAGGGUAUCAUGGCUGUCAGUAAGAAGAAGAUCCUGGUGAGAUCGGGGGAGGACAGUGACGAAGAGGAGAAAGAGGAGGAGAUUACAGUCUGUCUGGGUAUAUCUAAGUGGAGAGAGGCUGUUGAGAAUGCCAGCACUCUGUCAAGACUCCACGUUCUGUUUGGUAUACUGGAUGCCUGUAUCAAGUGGGAAAAAUCAGCGGAAAAUGCGAAAUGUAAGAUCUGUCGUAAGAAGGGAGAUGACUCAGCCCUGUUGCUGUGUGAUGAAUGUAAUCAAGCUUUCCACAUGCACUGUCUACGGCCAGCUCUCUUUGAGAUUCCUAAAGGCGAUUGGUUAUGUCCUGCUUGUGAUCCAAAUCACUCAAGGAGACGAGUGCGAGAUUACCCUAAAAAUUAUCGUGUUUCAGACUCAAAUGAUGAAGCAAGUGAUGAUAGUGAAAUAGAACAUGAAGAGAAGUGUGUCCAAUGUGGUCAUGAUGAGAAUCUGAUUCUUUGUGCCAAGUGUCCCUCUGCUUACCACCUGGAGUGCCACGACCCCCCUCUACGUCGACCCCCCAGGGGUCACUGGGAGUGCAAUGAGUGUAAGACUGGUGUGAAAAGGUCAACCAGGUCUAAAACAGCAAGGAGAAAUGCUGUAAAGAAUAAGAGAGCCCCUCCAAGGCGGCGUAAUUAUGAGGAGUCGGAGGGCAGCACAACGGAGGAGGAGGAAGAAAGUGAAGAAGAGGGAGAGGAGAGUUCUGAUACAGAGGAAGAGGAAGAAGAACAAGCCCAGCCUCCGAGGAAGUCACAGCGCCGAUCUCAGGACACAACGGCUCGGCGGGGCAGGCCGGCAGCUCAGGCCCGGGGCCGAGACAGGACCAGGAACCAGUCCAUGGAUGAGGAAGUGCCAGUGUCACGGUCUGGUUCAUCCCGACGCGCACCCUCAGAUCUAUCUAUAUGUGAGCAGAUUGUAGCAAACACCAUGAAACAGAAAGCCUGCUGGCCAUUCUUAAAUCCUGUCAACAAAAAAGAGGUGCCUGAUUAUUACCAGAUCAUCAAGCACCCGUUAGAUUUCCAGAUCAUUAAGGAUCGACUUCAGUGUCUGGUGUAUGGAUCUCCCCUAGAGGUGAUGGAAGAUGUGAAGCUGGUCUUCAAUAACGCUGAGACAUAUAAUAAAGAGGGCAGUGAAAUUCUGGAUUAUAUGAGGGAAGUGGAGACCUACUUUUCAGAACAAAUGAAGAAACAUCUCCCGACGUUUCCGUAUUAUCGCCAGAAGCUGACCAAUGGCCAUGCAGAAUGACAUUUCCAAGGAUUUUUUAGAAUACAAACAUGUAGCAUGUUAGUGAACGUUAAGAUGGUUUACAUGGCAAAGAAACAAGUGCUCUGUGUCCUUCCUUUAUAUGUGUUCUGUUUGUCAAACAGUAUUUGUUUAUCAGAAACAGACACAAUGUACCAAGUAACUCCGGCUGUGCAAUCAUGUCAAGAAUACAGCACCAUACACAAAUUCUUUAAACCAGUGGGAACAUACUUCAAGGAAAUCUUUUCCUUGGCCGAGUCUCAAUAUCAAAACUGAUCAACCUCUCUACUUAGAAAAUGGUUCAUCUUUUUGUAUACUUGUCGACUACAUUAAUUUGGACACCUUUAUUUCUUAUUUUUAUAUGUAUAUUAGUUUAAUAAAAGAAGAUUUCACAUAUUUUUAUGAUAUUUUAAGUAAUAUUACAUAAUUUAUUCAUUUUACAUAUGUGCGUUUGUGGAAAAAAAAAUCAUGAAUAUGUACUUUGUACCUAAGACAGUGUAAGUCUUUCUUGUCAUAGGGUAUUCUCAUCUUUUACUGUAUAAUUACACUGUAAAGUUGUUUUUUUUUAGUUUAAAAAUGAAAUCAUGUUGUAAAUGGUGUUAAAGAUUUAUUUAUAUCAAAACAAGUUUUCAUCCAAAGCCCAUUUCACAUUAGUUUAAAAGGAUUGAGUAGUGCAAGAAAUGCAUGUAAAUUAUGUCCAUUUAAAAUAUGAUUGCAAAAUAGAUUUUGAAGCUGUAUUAUGUUAUAGGGGAAAAGUAAAGAGUAACUAGAUAUAUUCAGAUUUUUUUUAAUUCAGAUAAUUCUUUUCCAAGAGUAACUCAAGGUGGUUUAGCUUUAAUGCAGUAGGCAUCAAGUAAAAAAAUUCAGACUGCUAAAAAGAAAAAAAAUUAUUUGAAGGUUUACACAUCAUUAUGUUCUCAUUUUUACUCAUCGUUGUAUAUGAACAUGACAAAAUCAUGAUGGGCAUUGAAGCCUUAUACCAAAUCUGUAGUAUCUGUUAUUUUAUGGUCGAUGUCUGUUGAAUCUGAAAUAAAAUGUCAGUAAAUCUCAAAA